GUGAGUACAUCGUCAGGGAAAGUGUGAACCCUUUAGAACCAGAGCAGAAUCAGGGUUGAGAGCAAGGGUCAGAGUCCUCACUCUUCCUUCCUCUCCCUCAUCAGAGCCUUCUCAGACAAUCAUCUUCCUCAUGGCAAUUCUUAUUGGCUUGGUUUUUGGAGCUUUGGUUAUGGGAGCCAUGGUGAUUUUUCUGAUAUGGAAGAAAUAAAGGUAAGGAAGGGGCAGGGUUUGAGUUCUUAUCUCACUAGGGAUUUCAAGCCCAAGCUAUAAAUGUACCCUGCCCCAUAAGAGAGGUUGUAUCCACACACCUGGGGAUGUGGUGGGGCCUCUGUGCUGACUAACUCUAUUGUAAAGCAUAAAGGAAAUAAUGGAUAGCCUCAUCAUCCUCUUGAUGGAGACCUGAUUCUGAUUCCCCACAGACAGAUGUCACAGAAAAGAUCCCUACUGAGAACAAACCUACAGAAGGCCAGUUAGUCUUCUGUAUGUACAGUCUUCUAUUGUGUUUCCUCUUCCUUCCAUGGAGCUGCAGUCACAGUUCUAGAAACUUCCCUGGGGUUUAGACUAGGAAUCUCCUCCUGUUCUUGUGACUUUAUUGCUUCCCGGUCUCUCAGUGGCUGGUUCUUCCCACAGGUGGGAAAGAGGCGUCUAUAAUUGGGCUGCCAAUAAUUAAGUGGAAGGUGGUUCCUGAGACCCUUGUAAGGGUCGACAGAUGCCCCCCUGGGGGGGGCGGGGGCUCACACAUUUCUAUCUUGGCCCCGUUGCUGUGGGCUCUUGACAGGUCUUAUUCUAUACUGCCCUAGUCAGGGACAAUGCUCAGGGAUCUGAUGCAUCUCUCCCAAGAGGAUAGGAGUAUUCAGAGAACACAUUGCUGAGCAGCGGUGACUCCCUAUACUGAUCUCUUUUUUUUUUCUUCAGUAUGGCUGCCUGUUCAGUGUCACAAUCUUCACUCAGAAUUUGUUCUUAUUUUCUUCCGUAGUAUGAGACACCUACCUUGUGUGACUUCAAAAGCUCCUGACUUUUCUUUCUGCAACUGGCAUCUAACUGUGUCCAAGUGUCUGUCUCCUGUCAGCAUGGCAUAAGGAAGUGAGUUCAGCCCAGACCUGAGCAUGACUCCUCUCCACACUGACAUGUGUGCCUUCCCAGUCAUCUCUCCUGAUCCAGGACGGGCAGGCCUUGGGAAACUCCCAUUAGAGACUGAACUUUAGUUUCCAAUGAGCUAUAUAUUUAUUCUUCUUUCUUGAAAAUAAGGACGUGGAUAUUUUGGUAAUUUUGUUUGGUAAACUCUUUCCAUUUUUUUGCUCAAUGGGUAAACACAAUCAGAGCAACUGAGACAGCAGCUCUGCUUUGAGAAGUUGAAAUCCAUCUUUCGAUCUUCUCUGUCCUUUUCUGUGUGCCUCCCUUUCUAUUCAUGUUUAAAUCUGUUAAUGCCUCCUCCUAAUAAACUUGAACUUUGCUUCAUACUGGUAGUUCUUAAAUUCUUUUUUCCCCCAAGUUAAGAAUCUUAUCUUCGCCUGAGUAAAGGUCUCUGAACAAAACUCCUUGGCUGCUACACAUGUAGCAUGAAGCUGUCUCUACCCUACAUCCAACUGCUACUGCCAUCGUUCCUGCCGGUGACCAAAGGACUCCCUGAAGCAGUGGCCACUGAGCUGCUCCAUUCUGCUCUUUUGCUUUGCAUGCUACCCAUGUUUCUUCACUUUCACUAGCCAAAGACCAACAUAGUUUUUAUUUUUAUGGGUGUUUUACCUGCAUGUAUGCCUGUCUGUGCACCACUUGCAUGCCCAGUGUCCAUGGAUGCCAGAAGAGGGCCACAGGUCCCUUGGAACUGGGGUUACAGACAGCUGUGAAAUCUAACGAAGCCAUUAAGAACCAAACACAGGUCCUCCAGAAUAAAACCCAGUGCUCUUAACUGCUGAGGCUUCUGUACAGCCUCAAGACCUACAUAGUGUUUAAUGACCACUCCUGUGCCAAAGAUCCCCUUAGAGCCAUCCAUACCCCAUUCUUGGGUCAGAUGGAACAACACAUUGAUUUCCAGGAAGACAUCCACUGGUGCCCUAAGUCAUACCUUUUGCCUCAAGAGACCUUCCAAGACUAAAUUGAGGUGAACUGACUCUAAAGUGACAUCCAGAGAAAACCUUUUUAAGCACAACAUUCUGGAUUGAAAAUAUGGUAAGAAUUGCUGAUUCUUGAGCUGGAGGGAUGUCUCAGUGAUUAAGAACAUUGAUGGCUCUUCUAGAGGACUGGGUUCAAUUCCCAGCACCCACAUGGUAGCUAACAACCAUCUGUAACCCCAGUCCUAGGGUGUCCAACAACCUCUUCAGCCCCCUCAGGCACUGAAUACAUGUGGUGCAAAGACAUGCAUGCAGGCAAAACACCCAUAUACAUAAAAUGAAAAAUUGUUCAAAAUAAUUGCUGAUUCUAUGCAUGACAUGCCCCAGUGCCUUAAUUCUCUUUCUUAAUUUUUAAGAGAUUUAUUUAAUUAACGUUUUUGAGUGUUUUGCUUGCAUGUAUGUCUGCAUAUUAUGUGAGUGUUUGGUGGCCCCAAAAGGUCAGAAAGAGCAUCAGAUCUCCAUGUGGUUGUUGGGAAUCAAACUCAGGUCUUCUGCAGGAGUAACAAGUGCUUUUAACAACUGAGCCAUGUUAUAUUACCUUAGUUCUAUUACCAGUAAAGACUCGGGAGUCAGAUAUUGGGGUGAAAACCUGAUAAAUCAAAGAAGUGGUGGAGGAGCAACCUGCUGACCUCCAUACUUUCCAGACCAAAAAGGGGCUGACAAAAAGCCCAUGAAUCUCCAUGUCCCUCCCUACUCCUUCCUGUGCCUUUUUAUCCAUAUCCUACCUCCUCCAUAGUCUUUAUGACUAAUUCUUAAAAACUAGUAGCUGACUCUGCUCCAAUUCAAGGUUAACUUUAUUAGUACAGUCUCUGGGUGUCUCAUGGUGUGAUCAAAUAUCCCACAACAUCUCUCCCCUUUUGUCUAAAUAAAAAGGGAAGGUUUUGACUCUAACAUAGUAAAACUAUAUACAAUAAGAACAAUUAUCAGGUAAGAAUUACAUUCCCAGUGCAAAUCUAGAGAAAAUACUCCAUUAUCCUAUCUUUGUGGUACACAUCUUAUAUUUUGGAUAUAGUUCUGCAGCACACAGGCCCAUAGCCAAGCAGGAAUGAUGAUGGCAAUUCUCCCCCAGCAGCCUAAUGUUCUGGUUCAAAUCCAGGGUCUUGAGCCUAUCAGAAAAACACUCUGAACACUCUGCUACUGGAGCAGAUCUCCAGAUAUAUUAUAUAUAUUCAAUUGUAAGAUGCAAUACUGGGAGAUGAGUGUAAUUUCUCUUCCAUGGAACAAAGCCUAAUAGAAGGUAUGGAAAAUGGCUUAGUUUCAUGUAAAUCUCAAAUGCUGCUUUCUCUCUAAACCCACUCUAGAUUGAAGUCUCACCUGUGUCUUACUUCAAACUACAGAGUGGAAAUUACAGUAACUGUAAACAUUAUGGGAGGUUUAUAUGCACAUAUGUGUACAUUAUUGGCAAUCACUUUAUUUAAGGUAAUAUACAGACUUGCACAUGAAGCUGGCCACACAGCCAGAAACAGAAUCAACACUCCUUCUUCACUUCAAGUCCAAGGUAGAAUUCAUGAACCCUGUCUAAAUAAAUAUUAAUACAUUUUUAUUUUACUGUGGUAUCAAAGAUGAGUAUCCACAAUUAUCUGAUAACAGCAUUAAAAUAUUCCGCCUACAUAUUCGGGUAAGGCAAGCUGUUUGUUUCAUAUUCUUCAACAAGAAUAACAGGUUAAGUGUAUAUGAAAAUCAAUCAGUCUUCUACUGAAACAGAUGAAGAGAAAGACUUGGAAACUUGUGAAGUGCAAAAAGACCCACACUUCAGACUGUUCAUUUGGAAAAUGAGUAUUUCUCGUAAGAUUUUAUUUUGUCAACACAAUGGAUUUGUUAGUAUUCUAAAUCAAUGGAAUACAUUUUAAAAGACUUUAGUUUCUAAUAUUAUUUACACAUAUAACUCACAAAAACAUGUUUUCCUUGGGGAAACUCGUUAAAUCCUCAGAGCCCAUGGAGAUCCUGAGACCAGAAAGUCUGAGAACAGCUGACCAAGACAACUCUUAACCUGGAGUCAGAAAGAACAUGAGGAAAGCUCUUGGGGCUGGAAGAGGGGGAGGAAGGAUAAAGGCCCAGGUCCGUGUCGUGUUCCCCCCCCACUCCCGGUCAGGAUGUCAGGGGGCUAGAAGCCCAGCCCUGGAGAUGUCCCCCCUCCUACAAGUUUCACUUCCUGGUCUCCCAAACUGAGUCAGAUUCUUCUGCCUAGAUACUUAUGAUGCGAUGGUAUUUCCCACUCCCAUUGGGUGUCCGGUUUCUGCAGAAGCCAGUACGAGGUUCCGGGUUCCAAAAAAAACGCGCAGAGCUCAAAUGCUCCCCAGAUCUCUAUCUCUGGGUGAUGGCACCGCGCGCGCUGCUCCUGUUGCUGGCGGCCGCCCUGGCCCCGACCCGGACCCGCGCGGGCUCACACUCGCUGCGUUAUUUCGGCACUGCCAUGACCCAGCCCGGACACAGGGAAGCGCGGUUCAUCGCCUUCGGGUUCGUGGACGACACGCGCUUUGUGUGGUUUGACAGCGAUGCGAUGGCCCCUAGAGAGGAGCCGCGGGCGCCGUGGAUGGAAGAGAAGCGGCCAGAGUACUGGGAGCGGCAGACUCGGAUCGCCAAGGCGAACGCGCAGAUUUUCCGUAAGAAUCUGAGGACUCUGCUGCGGUACUACAACCAGAGCGAAGCGGGGUACCACACCAUCCAGUCCAUGCGUGGCUGCUAUAUGGGCAGUGAUGGGCGCUUCCUCAGCGGGUACUACAGGACAGCGUAUGAUGGAGCCGACCACAUCUCUCUGAACGAGGACCUCCAUUCCUGGACUGCGGCAAACAAGGUAGCUCUGAUUACCCAGCGCGAAUAUGAGGCAACGAAUGAGGCAGAGCACCACAGGGCCUACCUGAAGGUUACAUGCAUGGAGUGGCUGCGCAGCCAUCUGGAGAAGGGGAAAGAGUUGCUGCAACGUGCAGAUCCCCCAAAGACACAUGUGACCCAUCAUCAUAGCCCUGAAGGUGACAUCACCCUGAGGUGCUGGGCCCUGGGCUUCUACCCUGCUGACAUCACCCUGACCUGGCAGAGAGAUGGGAAGGAGCAGACCCAAGACAUGGAACUUGUGGAGACCAGGCCUUCUGGGGACGGAACCUUCCAGAAGUGGGCAGCUGUGGUGGUGCCUUCUGGGGAGGAACAGAGAUACACAUGCCAUGUGCACCACGAAGGGCUGCCUGAGCCCCUGACCCUGAGAUGGGCUCCACCUCUUCAGCACAUAAACCCCAUUGUGGUCGUCUCUGCUGGCCUGGUUCUCCUUGGAGCUGUGGUCAUUGCUGUGAUGUGGAGAAAGUUACCAAGGAGGAACGGUGAGAUGAUUGGGGUCUGUUUUUUAUUGUGAAUGUACAUGCUAUCAGUGUGCUCAUGUGUGCCAUGGUCUGCGUGUCAACCGACAACUCUGUAGAGUGGAGAUCAGAUCCAGGUCAACAGGCUUGCACAGGAAGUACCUUUACCCGCCAUCUGUGGUCUGUUCUUGAGGGAAUCAAAAGCCCAACACCACUUUCCCAGUCCUGUGUGCUAACAGUGUUUUGUAAAUCAUGUAAAAAUAAGAAAGUAUCUAUUACUAAGGUGACUAUGGCCCUAAAGACCUGGCUCCUAGCACCUACAGGUCAGAGAUCCCUCUGGAGACACUGACCUACAAGGGCAGUUGGUCCUCUUACACAAAUCCCUUCCUCUUAAUUUAUCCAGCCCUGUGGUCCUGUGGUCUGCAUGAGGUUCAAGAUACCUCUCCAUGUCCCCAGAUUUGCUGGUUCCUUUAGGCUGUCAUGGCUCUACUGCCUCCAUGACCUCUCACAAAACAGGUUUUGUUUUCUACAAGCAGAAAUGGCAGCUGUAUUCAGGCCACCUAUAAGUUUGGAAGGGCUAGCCCUGAGACCCUUACAGUAGACAGGAGCCCUUAAUUCCAACCCCCCAUCUCCUGUGGGCACUUAAGGCUUCUAAAUUCUAAGACACAGAAGAACCUGAACUCAGAGACAAGAGUGGCAGGGGGCAGGACCAUGUUGUAGGUUUCUGGGUUUGGAAUGCAGGUGGGUGAAUAUGCAGUGGGCUAUUCAGCACCACUACUCAGUGACCUGCAUUUUCAUGAAUUUUCCUCUACAGCAUGACACUGGGGAACUGAGCCAUACAAAGGUGAACACACAUACAACACACUAUGUCGUGAAGAACUCCUGACUUCUUUCUGCACUUGGCAUCUGACUAUGUCCAUGUGUGAGCUCCUGUCAGCAAAAUGUGAGUCUGUUCAGGCAAAAAUGGGAUUAGCAUUCUCCAUCCCUGCCUAUUGAGAAGAGCAUCUAGAUAUGAAUCUGUUUGAAUUCUUACCCCAGGGUUGGUUGAUGAUUUAGUGUAUAGCAAGUUGCUUCAAACUUGGGAGAGGAAAUAAAACGAGAACAUUCCAGAAUCUA